AUGCCUGAUUUCACUGUGGCAGGCCCGUUAUUGACAGCCGUGUGUUACUACGGAACCGUGUUAGGAACAGCAGAACUUUCUAGAAGAAUUCUCGAUAAGACUAUUUCAAAGAAAACCUCAUUUCAUCGAUUUCUCAUCGAACUCAUCGGAACGGCACAAAUUUGUACAUGUGUUUUUGAGAACGCUGUAAUUGUGCAACACUAUGGGGUUUCAUCGUUCUUCAUCGCGACUACCAUACUUGGAUUUAUAUUCAGUUCAACUGGUCGUGGUAGUUAUGGUACACCACUUAGUCCUAUUGAAAUGCUAUACUACGGUGAAAUCAGACUUUCUCGAUUCCUACUCUUUUUAUUGGCUGAAAUGAUGGGCGGAGCUAUGGCUUGGCACAUUGCCAGGACCCUAUGGUUCCACUCCUUACAGUACUCACAAACGCAUAUGCAAAUGUUUGUCAAUAGUCAAAAUAUGUGCUCCAUAGUGCAUCAGAGAGAUUUCAUUAUUGUGCUAGCUUAUGAAGUUGCUGGUUGUUUUGCUAUGCGUUCGGUUCUACCGCGGCUGCCUGCGAAUAUUGGAAAGUAUUUAGCGCCGGCCUUUAUCGCUAGUCUGUUCUCGUUUGCGAUACUUUUCAUCGGUGAUUCGGGAUUGGAUCCAAUCGUUGCCUCUUCGCUGUUCUUCGGAUGCAGUGGUCUAAGCGCUCAAUGGUUCAUACUACUGUACUGGGUAUGUCCCGUUGUUGGAUGGAUGCUUGGGGCCUAUAUUGAUCGGCGACAACCGAAAUCACCGAAAAAACUUAGACGAGCUGCUAAGAAGAAAUCCGAUUAA